AGGCAGUUAGUUCAGUGUUCCUGAGCCUCCCAGUGGCUGACCUGGCUGUUGUUUUCUGCAGCUAACCUUUGUGUGGCAGUGCCCUUUUGAAGUCAUCCUAAAAAAUGAAUCCAGUUGUUUCACAGCCAAGAUAUGGUGCGGGGGGUUCGAUGGUCAGUGACUGGCAAACCAGCACAUUCGACUGCUGUGAUGACAUAGGGAUCUGCCUCUGUGGGACUUUCUUUCCUCUGUGCCUUUCGUGUCAGAUUGCCUCUGACAUGAACGAGUGCUGCCUCUGUGGAUUGUCUGUCGCCAUAAGGACCAUGUAUCGAACCCGAUACGGCAUCCCGGGAUCCAUUUGCAAUGAUUUCCUAAUGAUGAUGUGUUUCACUAACUGCGCCCUUUGUCAACUCAAGAGAGACAUUGAAAAAAGAAAAGAAAUGAAUGCUUUUUAAAAGAUGAUUGGUAAAAUUUACAUGUGGUGAAAGAAAAUGCUGGAAUGAAAUACUGCAUUUAUUAAGUGCUAUCUCUCCUCAAAUAUUAGAAAUUAAUUCAACUAAUCAUAUGGAUUCAGAUGGCUUCAAAACAUUUUAAUUUCUAGUUAAUUAUGAAAGAAAUAUAUUUCCACUGUCAUUCUGAAGAGAACUGCCAUUAAAAAAUAAUAAUUCCUUCAACAAUUCUUGUGUCUUUAAAUACUGCUUUAUGGGAAAUUACAAUAAGCUUUUUUAAAAAAUGAGCCCAAGCAGCAAGGUUCAUUUUGUCAAAGGUGACCCAAGGUUGUCGAAUGUCAAAGUUGAAUAACUUUUCCACCUUUACAUAUGUUUGAAAAUGUCCACAAUAAAAC